UCGGCCACAGCGCCACCAUUGCCCGUUCGACCGCCCGUCGUCGCGGCGGACGGUAUGCGCGGGUGGUUUGCAAGACGGCGUGCGGCAUCAGCAAUGUGUGGGUUUGCAAUCUCGAGUGCGAAUUCCAAACCAUCCGAAAAAUGGUCCAGAAGUACAAGUACAUUGCCAUGGACACGGAGUUCCCGGGUGUGGUAGCCCAGCCCGUCGGGGAGUUCCGCAGCGCAACCGAGUACCACUACCAAACGCUGCGCUGCAACGUCGAUGUUCUCAAGGUCAUCCAGCUGGGCCUCACCUUUUUCGACGAAGACGGCAACACCCCGCCAAAUUGCUCUACGUGGCAGUUUAAUUUCAAGUUCAGUCUCGCAGAAGACACCUACGCGCAGGACUCGAUCGACCUGCUGACGCACUCGGGGAUACAAUUCAGCAAGCACAACAGCGAAGGCAUCGACCCGUACGAAUUCGCCCAGCUUCUCACGACGUCGGGAAUGGUCCUUUCCGACGAGGUCACAUGGCUCGCUUUUCACAGCUGCUACGACUUCGCUUACAUGAUGAAGCUGCUGACGGGUGACAACCUACCUGCGUGCGACGUCGAGUUCUUCGAGCUCCUGGAAAUAUACUUCCCGGCCAUCUACGACCUCAAGUACCUCAUGAAGGAUUGCAGAAACCUACGAGGAGGUCUGCAAAGACUGGCCGAGCAGCUGCAGGUUGAACGAGUCGGGCGACAACACCAAGCGGGCAGCGACAGCUUGCUGACGGGCAUGGCGUUCUUCAAGAUGCGAGAAGUGUACUUCCAAGGCUACAUCGACCAAGCCAAGUACUGCGGCCACUUGUUCGGCCUAACCAAGCCGGAAAUUGUCCACCCGCAGCCCGACGAAGAGGCCCAGAACAACGUGCCCGUGGCUUUUGCGGUGGCUUCCAGCGUCUCCCAGCAAGAUUGCAGCCUGGCGUGUCGACGGACUAUGCCGCAUCCGCUUGCCAACACUGGUCCCGGCGUCGCCCACGCCACUUCCGUCUUGGCCUCUCGUUGGACUGCGCCGCUGCCGUUUGCCAACUCUGCUCCCACUGCCGCCCGCCCCGUUUCCAACUGGGCGACUCGGCGGACUGUGCCGCGGCCGUUUACUUGCUCUGGUCCCAGAGCCGCCCACCCCGCUUCCAGCUUUCCGCCAGGACGGAACGUCCCGCCGCCGUUUCUCGACAACAGUCUAGGUGCCUCCAACCAUGCUUUCAGCUCGACGCGGUCUGUGGCGCUGCCGAUAGCCGACACUGGUCCCCGCGCCACUCACCCCGCUUUCAGCUUGGCCUCUGGGCGGACUGGGCCGCUGCCGUUUGCAGACGCGGGUCCCGGCGCACCCAACCCCGCUUUCAGCUUGGCUUCUGGGCGGACUGUGUCGAACAGUGGUUCCAACGCCGCCCGCCCCGCUUCCAGCAUGACAUCUGGCCGGACUGUGCCGUUUGGCGACACCGGGCUUGCUGCGCCUCUCCAAGGCACCGUAUUCGGUGUGCAGACGUGGAACGCCUGAUCAGGACUUCUGGUGUGCGCUGCCCUCGCUCAUGCUCAUCCGCCUCCAGAUCAUCUACCCCUGCUGUUCAUCCGUCAGCGCGCCUAGUUGACGAAUUCAUGCCAUCUUUUCUGUGGCUUUACAUACUCCCCUUUUAGCCCCACACUCAUUCGACUAAAAAUUGUUUUUUCUUCGCGUCGCAAUUGUCAUCGUGUCCUUUGUUCUGAUGGGAAAUUCGGGUUAACAGCUUGUAUCCUCUAUAUUGUCAGUGACAGGUUAAGCCUACUCAGCCAACAAGAGUGUGCAGCUCCUGCUCUCUGUCGUCUGCGCUCCCAGAAGAUCCUUGCACGUCGCACAGGCCCGUAGGGGAGACGCCCCAGCGGUUCAGCAACAACGAACGCGCCACCGUCACGGACAAAGCGCACGCAAGUACAAACAACCCAGAUCGGCAAGGGCAAGGAAGACGGCGCACAGCACGAACACCUCGGGGAAAUUCUGGCGAGGGAUUGGUAGGGGCGUCAAGUGAGACGGUGCUCUAAUAAAAGAGGCGGAUUUUAUUAAUCCUUUA